AUGGAGUGCCUUGAGGGCCAGCCCUCCAAUCCGUCAGAUGAGUCACUGGUAACAACUACAACACCAGAUAUCAUUAGCUCCCAGGAUCCUCAAAUUCUUGAGGAUCAUGAGGCUGAAGCUGCCAGCCAUCAGAGCGCCGAAACUGCUGCCAACGACCAGGUUACUGAAGUCACCAACAAUGGCGCCCAAGCCAGUGCCGACCAAGGUGCCCAAGGUGAUACUGACAGCGGUGCCCCCACUGCUGCCAACCCUCCUGUGGAAAUCCCACCGGAUGAGAAAGAGAUGAGUAAACGUGAAGAUGAGCCUCCUUGCGAUCUGGAGAACCAAUUUAUAUUGCGUCUGCCUUCGGAAUAUGCCUGUACUGUGAGGAAAAUAAUACAUUCCAGAAAUGCCUCCAUGAAGGAUAAACUAAAAAUUGACUUAUCUCCUGGUAAACGUCAUGCAGUUGUUCAGGUAGAAGAUGUCUCACUAUCUGCUAAGCUGGUUGAUUUGCCUUGUGUUAUUGGAAGUCUGAAAACUACUGAUAAAAAAACUUUUUAUAAAACAGCAGAUGUUUCCCAGAUGCUUGUGUGCUCUGGUGAUGGUGAUCACCGUUCUUCUCUGGGAAAAGCACGUAGUUCUUCUAAAGGAGCAAAAAAGGAUCGAAAGGGAAAACGUGAAUCCUAUGUCUGGAAACAUGGCAUUACUCCACCACUUAAGGAUGUCAGAAAGAAAAGGUUCCGCAAAACAACAAAAAAGGUCAAUGAUACCAAAGAGACUGAAGAAAUCAGCUUUGCUGAGGGAAAGGGCACUCCUUCACAGCAGAGUGUGGUAACUGACACUACUGCUAUCCCUUCUUCUCCUUUGGCUCAGUUCAUUGACAGUCCUGAAGUGGAGAAGGAAGUGAAAAGACUACUAUGCUCAGAUGCUGAAGCUGUCAGCGCCCGAUGGGAAGUCAUUGCAGAAGAUUCAACUACAGAAAUAGAAUGUCAAGGUUUUAUUCCAGGCUAUGUGAUAUCCCCUGGAAUAAGUGACUAUAAGCAGGAACAAGUAUCCCCAGAAUAUAAUAGACUUCAGGAGAUGCCCAGUGACUCUAGCAGUACCAAUGAUGAUGAAGAGGAUGAAGAUGAAGAUGAAGAAGAUGAAGAUGAAGAUGAGGAUGAGGAUGAUGAUGAAGAUGAGGAUGAAGAAGAGUAUGACUAUGAUGAAGGGGAGGAUGAUUCUUAUGAAGACCUGGAAAAGGAUCUACAGGCCAAGUUAAUUGAAUUUGACCAGUAUGAGGAAAAGGAAGGAGCCAACCUUGCAGCCUUGGAAAUUCAGAAGCGGAUUCUUUGCCUGGAGAAAAUAAUCACAAAAAUUCAAAACAAGGCACAAAGACAGAAGAAUCUCAUCAUGAAAGUGGAAAACUUGAUGCUCAAGAAUCAUUUGAAGACUGUGCUGGAGAAGCUUGUGAUAGAAGAAAAAGAAAGAGCUGAUCAGCUUGUUUCCCUCCAUGAAAAACUGAAGUAUUUUCUGGAGAAGAUAGGAGAGCCUGAUCCACAAAUCCCGAUUUCAACUGAAGACUGAAUGAAAUUGUACAUGUUUCUAUUGCUCUCAUUGCCUUUGUUGAAUUACAUUUCUUUGCCUUAUAUAAACUAUAUCAAUUAUAUUAGAAGUGUAUAGUUAUGUAGAAAAGAAAUAAUAUAGAAAAUUAGUAGACCUAAAAAUCCAUUUUCACUUUAGCACUUUGCUGCCUAUCAAUUUGAGACAUAUAACAAUUCUGUUGUUUCAUAUCUGAAGAUUCUGCCUUCCAAAGGCAGGGAGUCUAGCCUGACAAUCAGACAGCUCUUUUGUAUAUGUGCUAAUUUUUCCUUCUGUGGUUUGUUUUAAAUAUUUUCUAAAACAUGGAACAAAUCAAGACACUUCUACCAAGGACAAGGAGCUACACGGUGAACAUCAAUGCCUACCUCACAGCAGUGAAUACUCAGUUGUUGUAUGCUGUCAAUGUUCAGGUGAUAGUGGUUGCUUUCUUGCUCAGGGAUGAUUUCUGCUGCUGCUAUCUUUGUUACUAUUUUUUUCUUUUUUAAGACUGUAACUGGUUGUUACUUUCCAGUUAAGGGAAUAGUUAGGCAGAGCAGUGAUAAAAUUCUGUACUGUUAUUCUCAUUUUCAGCUUCUUCAUCCUAAUCACCGCCAGAAAAGGUUAGGAAAAAACAGAUGCCUUUGAUACUCACAAUGACUACCUUAAAAAAUUAAAUCUUGGUGGUUUUUUCAUCAGAUGUUUUGGUACAGUUUUCUGGUCUAUAUUAUUUAAGCAAUAAAUAAAUCCGUCAAGUUUAA